UACAUCGUUGUGAAGAAUCUUUCUCCAGCAUGACUGCCUUCUAUAGGAACCAAGAAUAUGAACAAGAAUCUGAUUACCCAGACUUCACCAACUCCAGGGUAAAUCUGGAUUCUCUGAACAGUCCAGACUAUCCAUAUUCCCGGAAUAAUUCUAACAACCUGAAGUUCAAAGACAACGCAAAGUAUUCAAGCACUCACAAUUAUCCCAAUUGUCCUGAUGCACUGAACAGUCCAGAUUAUCCUGGAGCUGAGGACUACCUAGACAAUCUAGGCUUCAGGAAUCAUCAGGAGUAUCCAGGAUCCCAUACAAAUACAACCUUUUCAAGAUCCCAGAGGACUCCUGACUACCCAGGCCCUAGGAACAGUUCCCACCAUUCAAGGUCCAAGCACAGCCUGGACUCCUUCAGCUUUGUGAUGAUUCCAGACUAUCCUGGGGCUAAGGAUUAUCAGGACUCUAGAGAGGAUCCAGAUGAUCCAGAUUCUGGGAGCAAUGCUUACAGAUCAAGUUCCAAGAACUAUCCACACCACCCAGGUUCCCUGGGAAUUCCAGAUCAUAUGGGUACCAAAGACUAUCUAGGCUCCAGGAACAGAAAUAAUCAAAACUAUCCUGGUUCCCUGGGAAUUCCAAACUAUCAAGGUGCUGAAGACAACCUGGGCACUCCAGAUAAUUGGGGAAGUGCAUAUAAACAAAAUAGUCAAAACAAUCAUGACUACUCCUAUUCAGAGAAUCCAGAAAUGGGCAGAGGGGCAGGUAACAAGGGUCAUCAUUCUGGGCUUUUCCAUCGGACCUUGGGUUCUCCUGGGAGAGGCAAUCGAGAUUACCCAGAAUCCUUCCAAAUGACCUCCAGGCAGCCUACUUCUCUGUACAGCAUGCACCCAGUGCCAGAUCGUGAUGGUGGUGGAUACAGAAACCUUGCCUAUGAGAAUGAAAGCAGUCUAGAUGUAGACUAUGGAAAUCAGCACUUGGGAAGAAAAGUUAAUUCUUUUGGAUGGAGAAGGAACUGGCAUGAAGAUGCCUUGCAGGCCCAUGAUCCUACUUUUAUGAAUAUUGCAGACAAAACCAAGCAUGAGGAAAAGUUGAUUGCAUCUCUUAUAAACUUACCAACUAGAGACAGAAACAAAAUCAUCCGGAAUCAGCCAUUGACCAUGCAGGAAAAGAGGAAAAUUAAGAAAAAAGUUAAUAUGGAGAAGCAGAAAUCUGCCAACCAAUCAAUUCAGUUAAAUUAUUGUACCCAGUGCCUGACUGCAACAGCACUGCAUUAUAGGCAUUUUAAAAGCGUGACGUCAGAAUUUUUCCAGUCGCUGGAUGUGUGGCAGAGGACCCUCAAGAUCAUUGGCAGCAAAUUUGGAACAAGCGUACUUUCUUACUUCAGUUUCCUGACAUGGCUCCUCAAGUUUAACAUUUUUUCAUUUAUUGUGAACUUUAGUUUCAUCAUCAUCCCUCAGCUUACAGAUCCGAAGCCAAACAAUCUUUCCUUCACUGGUCUGGAGCUUCUCACUGGAGCAGGUUCUUUUCAACAAACAGUGUUGUAUUAUGGCUUUUAUACCAAUUCAACUAUCAAGCACAAAGGAAGCAACACCUCUUACAACAUGCAGUUGGCAUAUAUUUUCACGAUCGGAUUAUACUUGGUCAUCUGCUUCUUUUCCUUACUCUAUAGUAUGGCCUGUUCUUUCCGGAAUAACUUCAUUAAUCCUCACGUCUACUCCAGAGGGACUGCUAAACUUGUCUUUUCCUGGGACUUCACCAUCACUCGUGAGAAAGCCGUGAAGCUAAAGCAAAGAAACCUUACCACAGAACUCAAGGAGAAUCUGUCAGAAAUCCGGCAUGAGAAUGUGAUUACACCUCUCAAGCAGAGAUUAUCUCGUUUUUGCAUCCACCUGGCAGCCUGGAUAGUUUCCACAGGGGUGGCUAUUGCCUGCUGUGCGGCUGUUUAUUUCCUGGCUUUUAAUAACAUGAAGUUUCUGAGAGAACACAAAAACCAGGCGGCCACUUUAUUGCUACCUUUCCUGGUGUGUUGCUUCAAUCUCUUUGUACCACUAUUUUACUCCUCCUUUGGAUUGGUGGAGAAGUUUGAAAUUCCUCGACAUCAGGUCUUAGUUAUCAUUAUCAGGAAUAUCUUUCUGAAAAUAUCCAUCAUUGGGAUUCUUUGUUAUUAUUGGCUCAACUCUAUAGCAGUGUCACAUGAAGAGUGCUGGGAAACACUUAUUGGCCAGGAUAUCUACCGACUCCUCAUGAUGAAUUUUUUGUUUACUUUAUUUGACUCCAUUUUUGGGGAGUUUUUGAGAAGAAUCAUUGGGACUAAAUUGAUUAAAAGCCUUGGUGUGCCUGAGUUUGAUAUUGCCAGGAAUGUUUUGGAGCUAAUCUACACACAGACCCUGCUGUGGAUUGGCAUCUUCUUCGCUCCUCUGCUGCCCUUCAUCCACAUGAUCACACUCUUCAUCAUGCUUAAUGUCAAAAGAAUCAGCUUAAUGAUGAACUGUCUGCCUCCAAGCAAAGUCUGGCGUGCCUCUCAGAUGAUGACUCUUUUUAUCUUCCUACUGUUUUUCCCAUCUUUUACUGGGGUGCUAUGUGUCCUAGCCAUCACUGUCUGGAGGUUGAAGCCUUCAGCCCAGUGUGGUCCUUUCCAAGGCCUGCCUUCCAUCAUCCAUGCAAUCUAUGGAUGGAUUGAGAUACUUAGCAACAGACCUAGCUACUUAUGGGUAGUGUGGAUUUAUCGGAAUCUCAUCGGGAGUGUGCAUUUCUUCUUCAUCCUCACUCUCAUUGUCGUGAUAAUCACAUAUCUUUACUGGCAGAUAAUUGAAGGAAGGAAGAUCAUGAUCAAACUCCUACAUGAACAGAUCAUCAAUGAGGGAAAAGACAAGAUGUUUCUUGUGGAGAAGCUUUUAAAGCUCCAGGAGUCGCAGAAGAAAACAAAUACUUUCCCAUUGGCUCAAGAAAGGAGAGAGCAGGAGAUGGAGUCUAGGAACAACCUGGAUACGCCGAUAGAUCUGUCAAGAAGAAGCAGAACCUCUCUCAGGAAUCAAAAUUCUGUGUUUAUGGAAGAACAUUACUUUAACCAUGAUACAAGACAACACACUGGAAUAACAGAUGAAGAUUCUUCUGAAGACUUAAGGCUUGCCAUGAUGGCUAGACAACAGUCAAUAAUGGAAAGAUGAGGGAAGUAUAAAAAUGUUUACAAUUCACACCCUGGGCUUCCUGCCUGAAGAAGGAUAUCAACCACUUGCUGGAAGUAUACAUGUCAGAAAGCUGGG